AUGGCUCACCAGCAAGCUCAGGACGAUCUUGAUGGAUUCAACGCAGUGCACCGGCUACGCCUUGAAAGGAAGGCUAAUAAGAGACGUAGACUACAACUUGGCGGUGUUAUGAAGGCUUCAGAAGCUCGUGCUGCAACAGAACAGCGUAUCGAAGACGACUUGGCUAUACUGAAGCGGAAGACAGCUUAUGCGGAACAGGCGGAUUAUAGGCAUAGAUUAGCAACGAUAAGGCGCAUCUGGCAGCCUCGAUAUGAGCUCAGAGGUAUGAAGAGCGCCUUCCGAGGCAAUAUAGUCAACCAUAUGUGUGUUAUAGAUGAGAUACGAGCCUUCGAGUGGGCCUAA